CAUUAACGUAAGUAAUGAUUAAUGAGUUAUACUUAUGGUACAGUGUAUAGACACAAAAACGCGGGGUAAAUUUUAGAGACGGAUAAUAAUUGCUGAUAUUGAUGCUGCAGUGCUUGUACUAGUACUAGUACUUCAAGUAAUAGUAUUGUAGCAAUGUGUUGAAACGUUCAAACUGAAGUUUAUACUUACAAGUUACAGUUACACAGAAGUCGGAACUGAGGUCAUUGAGAAACAGGCUUAUGUCUUCCUGAACAUCAUGCCACAACAAGUGAAUGACAGUUACCUUUCACAGCUUCUUAAAAAGUAUCAGCAUCAAGAUUUAACAAAAAGAGAUGUUCUAAAUGCUAUACAUCAUUAUAAAAAUUUGAUUCCUAAGAUAGACAGAUUUGUGUUUAAUGAUGGAACAACUAAAGAUUUGAUGUGUUUGACAGGAACAAUACCUGUGCCAUUCAAAGGAAAUACAUACAAUAUACCUGUAAAGAUAUGGCUACUGGACACUCACCCUGUGAAUUCACCCAUGUGUUACGUUACACCCACAUCAGAUAUGAAAAUCAAGGUGUCAAGGAAUGUUGACCAAAAUGGCCGUAUAUAUCUGCCUUACUUGCAUGAAUGGAACCCAAACUCUUCAGACUUGAUUGGUUUAAUCCAAGUGAUGAUCAUUGUCUUUGGGGAAACACCUCCGGUCUAUUCUAAGCCCAAAGUUCAAGAAACUUCAACAGGCUAUCCACCAUAUCCUCCUGCUGCUUCAGCUGUGACUCAGGUGUGUGCCACAUUUCAUGGAAAUCCUUGUUACAUGCCUAUGCCAGGUGUUGUGAGCAACCCGACUUAUCCUCCUUAUCCAACUGCAGCCAAUGCAGGGCCUCGGCCAUCAUUUCCUAUGCCUCUCAGUUCUGAAUCAUCACAAUACAGACCACAGGCCACUGGUUACCCACCUUAUCCAGCCUACCCACCAGCAAGUAAUUAUCCUGUGUAUUCUACACCUUCAACAGUAGGAUAUUCUUCUUAUCCCCCAGUAGGUAGUCAACCCUCAAUGGGUUAUCCUUCAUAUCCUCCAUCAACAGUUCCAGCAGUAACUCAGCAGAAUGCAUCAGGUCAGGCUAAUACUGGGACAAUUUCGGAGGAACACAUUCGUGCAUCUCUCCUCUCAGCUGUCGAAGACAAACUAAAGAAAAGGCUGAGAGAGGUGAUAGCUCAGACGCAGGCUGAAAUUCAGGUCCUUAAGAAGACUCAAGAUGAUCUAAAUAACGGAAAAAUUAAAUUGGAUGACAUUAUAAGCAAGUUAGAACAGGAACAGGUCGAACUUGAGUCUAAUGUUCGUAUACUGAGAGAAAAGAAUAAUGAAAUGAAAGAAAUUCUUUCAAAAAUGGAAGAUCAAGAUGGCGUAGAAAUUGAUGAUGCUGUAGUCACUACAGCCCCACUCUAUAAACAGUUACUUAAUGCUUUUGCAGAAGAAAAUGCAACUGAAGAUGCAAUCUAUUUUCUUGGAGAAGCUUUAAGAAAAAAUGUGAUAGACCUGGAUGUGUUUCUUAAGCAUGUUCGAGAAUUGUCCCGCAAACAGUUUAUGCUACGAGCACUGAUGCAGAGGUGUAGGCAGAAAGCUGGACUGCCUUUCUGAGGUCCAUGAUAUUUUCAGCGGCUUCAAAUUGUUAUAAGUAGAGCAAGAUGUGGAACUCGUGUGGAAGCGAGAUAAGCUUACAUGAUUGUCACGAAUACAGAACAUAAAUGUACCCAACCAAGUAUUAGUUUUACAGUAGAUUUUAGACAUGAAGUAUGAUAAAAUGUUUUCAAUGAUUCUAUCACUGAUAUAACCAAUACAGUCACUUUUAAUUGCCCAUGUAUAGACUGCUGUAUGUUUAAAUUGGUGUAAGCAAGUUUAAAAGCUAUAAAAAUAUGUUAUCAAUGUAUGAUAUGAAUAAAUGAUUAUAUUAUAAACUA